AUGCUUAAGACUUCCCUUGUCUCAAAUACAUCCACCACAAAUCAUUCAAUGUUGAGAUCUGUUCCAGUUGCACCUACUUCUAGGUACUUACUCCCUGCUUGUACUAAACCCUCAAGAGCAAACAUCUUGAGCUUACAAAGAUACAUCCAUAAUACACCCAAUGCCAAAAGCAUUACUACUUCACCACCCUCACAAAACCAACCCUUUUCUUCUCAAUUGAGCUCACAAAACACACACACAACCAAAACAACUCUUGACCACAAAAGUCGGCCAAUCUCCACCAACUCAACUGAAUACUUGGCCUCAUUCAACACCAAGGAGUUAAUCUCCUUUUUUGUCAUUGGUCUUUGCACCCUCAACAAGCUCACUUUAAACACAUGCAUCAAAUUGUUUCCCUACACACCACUCAAAGUUAUCGAAGCACUCGUUUACAGAAUUUAUUGCGGCGGUGCUAACCCAAAACAAGUUAGAGAAACUGCCCAAAGAUUACACGAACAAAGAGGCAUCAACAACAUUAUGCUCUCAUUAACAAUUGAAGCUUGCGAAGGAAACGACAAUAUUGACCCCGAAUUUAUUGUUGAUGAAACAAUUGUCUCCAUUAAAGAAGUAAUUGUCCCACACACUGUCAAUAUGAUCAAGACUGCAGGUAAAGAUAUCAACGAUAUCCCAUCAGGUUAUGUUGCCUUGAAACCAACUGGUUUUGUCAAGGAUGCUGCACACGUUUUGAAAAACUACAAUAACGGACAAGAAGCUGCAUUUGCUGAUUUGGUUGCAAAAGCAACUAGAGCAUGUCAAGCCGUUUAUGACGCAAACCAAGAGUUGGCCAAACAAUACCCUGAAAGAACUGCACCAUUUGUUGUUGCCGUGAUUGAUGCUGAAAAACACGAUUUGCAACCAGGUGUCUAUGAAUUGCAGCGCCAACUAUACAAAAAAUUCAAUAAACUAAAUGAACCUGUUAAUAUCGUGGGUACCUUGCAAAUGUACUUGAGUGAAUCUGCUGAUUUGCUUGCAGAAGAAGAAAGAUUGGCCAAGGAGCACAACUACAGAUUGGGUUUGAAACUCGUGCGUGGUGCAUACAUUCACUCGGAAAAGAAUAGAGCUACAGUUAUUCACAAGACAAAGGAAGAUACCGAUAACAACUACAACUCGGGAAUCACCUACUGUAUCGACUCCAUCUUGGAAUCCAAGGGCAACGAAUCAACAAUCGGUCACUUGGUUGUAGCAAGCCACAAUGCAGACUCCUUGAAAUUGGCAAGCUCCAAAGUAUACACCGAAGCAAAUAAGACAAACAAAAACAAAUGCAAUGUUGUGCUUGGUCAAUUAUUGGGAAUGGCUGAUACUAUCACUUAUGACUUGAUUGAAAACCACAAGAUUGGUAACGUUAUUAAGUAUGUGCCAUGGGGUCCACCAUUGGAAACAAAGGAAUAUCUUUUGAGAAGGUUGGAGGAAAAUGGAGAUGCCGUCAAGAGCGAUAACGGAUGGCCAUUGGUCAAGGCUACUUUUGCCCAAUUGAUGAACAGACUUGUCGGAAAAUCAGCAUAA